UGGGACUUGAGGUUGAGACUUGGGAGGGGUGAGCGAGAUGGUAGCUCUGAGUCUUUGGAAGCAGAACAGUCUCUAGUGAUACAACUUACAAAGUGUUCCUACUGGGAGCUACAGGAGACAGAGCAAUGGUGGAAUCAAAGACAGGAAUCGAGGAGACUGUAGAAUCGUGGGGAGUUUUAAUUAGGUGGUAACUAACAUGCAUAUUAAUAUUAAACGAUGCGUAGUACCUGGAGACCUGCGUUCUACUAACAAACUGUGCAGGGUGGGGAACUCACUUCCCUUUUCUGACAUUGAACCAGAAGACUUCCCAUGGCUCUUUCAGCUUUAAAAGAUAAAAAGUUUUUAAGGAUAAUAGCAGGGGACUGGCUGACGACAGCAAACUCUUUCAUCGGGCCGCCAGCCUACUAAGAGGCGACCGGAACCUUUCUGCUGUGCCUCCUGCCCGGACGUGCUGAAGCGGAUGCCGGAAGUCCCCUUUCUGGAGGUUCCGGGUUUCCUGGGUUACUACGAUGGCGAUGAGUUUCGAGUGGCCGUGGCAGUAUCGCUUCCCGCCCUUCUUUACGUUACAGCCGAACGUGGACACUCGGCAGAAGCAGCUGGCUGCCUGGUGCUCGCUGGUCCUGUCUUUCUGUCGCUUGCACAAACAGUCCAGCAUGACGGUGAUGGAAGCGCAGGAAAGCCCACUCUUCAACAACGUCAAGCUACAGCGGAAACUUCCUGUGGAAUCAAUCCAGAUUGUAUUAGAGGAACUAAGGAAGAAAGGGAAUCUCGAGUGGUUGGAUAAGAACAAGUCUAGCUUCCUGAUCAUGUGGCGGAGGCCAGAAGAAUGGGGGAAACUCAUUUAUCAGUGGGUUUCCAGGAGUGGCCAAAAUAACUCUGUAUUCACCCUGUAUGAACUGACCAAUGGGGAAGACACAGAGGAUGAGGAGUUCCAUGGGCUGGAUGAGGCAACCCUACUUCGGGCUCUGCAGGCUCUACAGCAGGAGCACAAGGCUGAGAUCAUCACUGUCAGCGAUGGCCGAGGUGUCAAGUUCUUCUAGAAGAGAUUUUUCUGUUUACUUGUUACCUCCCACCCUUCCAGGGCUUUCAAAAAGAGACAAACUUAGUAUCCCCACAGACUGGAUCUGUGACUCCACUAGGCUUAAAAGGGCUCCACUCCUGAAGGCUGAGCCCCAGGGAUGAGUAUCCUGCUACCCCAUGUAUGUCUGUCCCUGGGAUAGGUUGAGUCCAAGGUGCUGGGGAGAAAAGAUGUGCUUCUUUGUGCCCUACCUCCUCUCCCAUCCUAGACUUUCCCUGAGCCAGGAUCUGUAAACCUGACACUUUACAUGUGUCAACACAAGUAAAUACAUACACAUAUGCACCUGCACAAGUUUCUGUCUCACCUUCCCACUCUCACUGUUGUUGCCUCCCUUCUCAGGCUGAUGCUGGGUUCUUCCUAGGGAAUGGGGGAAGCCCUGGCUGCAGGCAGCCUUCCAGACAAUAUGAAGAUAGGAGGCUCCAGAAAGGGCCUGACUGUGAGAUGCAGGUCUGACACCAGUUUAUGAUAUUAAAAUCUUAAAUCCCACUGCCUGCAUGUUA